AUGCCCGAGAUUGGUGAAGUAGCACGUAUCGUGCACUACAUCCACAAGCAUCUCGUUGGCCGCACGAUCAAGACAUGUGAAGCCUUCGCAGACGAUAUUGUGUAUGGCAAAGUCGGUUGCAGCAGCGACGCCUUUCAGAAACAUGUUACUGGAAGACGGAUCACUGGUGCAGCGCAACAGGGAAAGUACUUCUACAUAACAUUCGACAAGUCGCCCCAUGCAGUACUGCAUCUCGGCAUGACAGGAUGGAUGAAGUUCGACGCCGAAGAGACGGGCUACUAUCGCAACCCAAAGGCGAAGGAGGAAGAAUGGCCACCAAAAUAUGCCAAGUUCCUGCUGAAGUGUGAGAAGGAGACAGUCAAAGGAGAGGCACGAGAGGCUGUGCAAAGCGCGUUUGUCGAUGCGAGAAGAUUAGCUCGGAUACGACUGGUCGAUUGCGAGGCAGACAAUAUUCGCAACGAGACACCACUGAAAGAGAACGGCCCAGAUCCCGUCCGAGACAAGGAAAUCGUCACGGUCGAGUGGCUAUCCGAUCUCCUUAACAGGAAGAGGGUCCCUGUCAAAGCGCUGCUCCUGGAUCAAGGGAACGUCUCAGGCGUUGGAAAUUGGGUUUGUGACGAAGUCAUGUAUCAAGCCCGCCUCCACCCAGAGCAAUACAGCAACACCUUCAGCAAAGCACAAACGAAGCAACUCUACGAUGCUCUCAUCGAAGUCUGCACGAUUGCUGUAGAAACACGAUCAGAUAGCUCACAGUUCCCCGAGACAUGGCUGAUGAAAUAUCGAUGGGAUAAGGGGAAGAAGGACUCGAAUGUUCUACCGAAUGGUGAGAAGAUCGUGCAUCUGAAGGUUGGUGGGAGGACGUCGGCGAUAGUGCCUAGUGUGCAGAAGAAAACGGGUGCGGUGGCCGGAGACGUUGAUGAGGAUGGCGAGACGAAAGUUGCGAAGGGCAGGAAGCGGAAGUCGAAGGCUGCUGAUGAGGAGGAUGAGGAGGACGAGGAGGAUCCAGAGGAAAAGCCAGUGGUUAAGAAGGGGAGAGCGGCGAAGAGGGCGAAGGCUACGCCAGUCGACGAAGGAGAGGAAGAGGAUGUGAUGGCGAAGAACAAACGAGGUAAGAAGGCUCUUAAGGUCGAAGAUCAAGCAGAUGGAGGCGCUGAGGGAGAUGAUGAGUUGGUGAAGCCAGUAGCUAAGACUGGGAAGGGCAAGAAGGUCACGCCGAAGAAAGCUGAGAAGCCUGCUACGCCUGGAUCUCGCAGGUCGACCAGGACGAAGAGCUGA